ACCAACACACUGGUGGCUGGUCAUUCCUCCAUUUGCUCGUUCAGCGAAACGCUCAGGCUUGCAGCGGAAUCAUGCGGACCGUAUUUUCCGGUGAUGGGAGGACACUGCGGGAAAGGGUAUGCCUAAAACUCACGGAAUUUGCCGCUGUUGCGAGCAAGUCUUUUCGCUCACCAUUGCAAAUGCGCAGGUGAUGGAUGCGAUAUUCCCCUCAAGAACAAAAUGUUUCCACAAGACGAACCUGGAGAGUGUGUCGUCUGUCUAUUCGAGCCUAGCUGGCUUCUUCCCGACAGUGAGCUCGCUGGAGGCAUCAAUUUCAAGACUCUCGAAGUCACUAGACGGUAAAGUAAAGCAGCCCGCCUGAGUCUCCUUCUGGAGAGAAAGGCUCUAAUGGUGUUCAUGUUCCAGGCGUCUUUGAAGCAUCCCUCUCAGGGACCGCCGUUGAGCUUCCAGAGAAGCCAGGACCCACUGUUGUCUUGAAGGUUACAGAAAACGAGAAUCACGGGCAGUCUAUGUCCUCCCUACAUGAGGCGUCUGCACCUAGUGAAUCGGAUAUGGAUACGAAGGGUUCCUCGACGCUUUUCUUUACCGACCCUUCUCUUUCGUCCGCCAUAGAGACUUUGAGGUUGCAGCUGGGUUCCGAUCUGUUUCAUGCAGCUCUCGUACCUCUGCGAACUUGGAAGGAAUCUUUUGGUGCGCUUCCGGUAAGGCCUUCAGACAAGUUUAAGAAGCAACAGCUGUCUCUUUUGAUUGAUCAAGGGAAUGUUGACUUACAGGGGAAACUCAAGCUCCUGGAAGCUCAUGCGUAUACUCACGACCUAAACCGUUAUCGUCAUAGCAUCCUUGUCCAACGGAAGUGCUUCUAUAAGGGCAGCAAGGCGGCCGAACAGAGGCUCCUAAGGCUGGAAGCGGUAAGCCUUUUUUUGGUUCAUGUUGUGUUUGAAGGUUGUGCCACUUGCCAUGACCAUGGUUGCCUCGCAGAUCCUGCAACAAGCUGAAAUGAAGAUGCGAGCGAGCAGAGUGGCCUUUCUUACGCUUGAACGUGGUCUUCUUGAGGACAUGGAACUCCUUUUGGCUGAAGCUCGGCGAAUGCCUUCUCUCCUGACCCAGGUGUGCGGCACAUGUAGCGAAUCUCUGAAGCAUCUGGAAAGCCUUGGUCAGACCAUGGAUCAUACGGACUCAGAAGUUAAACGCCAUUCACGUCAGAUUCCUUGAGGUAACUGAGGGAAACUACUCUCUCGUCAAUGCUGCAUACUAGUACGGGAUUGACGUGUCAAUGCUUCGGUACUUGGAUGUGUAAUAUUCUGCUUGAUUUACAAAAUUCAGACAAGCUUUUCUCUAAGCAGACGUUUGAAAUCAUCCCUCCUGUUUUAGCUCAUUCCACCCCAUAACUAAUUUCCCUUUAUUC